AUGCAAAUAUCUGACCCAUUUAUGUUGUUGACAGACAAUUUGGUUGAAGGCAUUAAUGAAGAGGAGCUUAUUGAAUACAAAGAAGCCUUCCGGUUGUUUGACAAGGAUGGAAAUGGAUCAAUUUCAUCAAAAGAGUUGGGCGUUGCAAUGCGAUCCUUGGGUCAAAACCCCACAGAACAAGAGCUGCUGGAUAUGGUCAACGAAGUCGACAUUGAUGGGAGCGGAACCAUAGACUUUCCAGAGUUUUGUCAAAUGAUGAAAAGAAUGAACAAGGAGAAUGAUAGCGAGAUGAUCCGAGAAGCUUUCCGCGUUUUCGAUCGCGACGGGAACGGCUUUAUUACGGCAGAGGAAUUUCGCUACUUUAUGACGCAUAUGGGCGAACAAUUCAGCGACCAAGAAGUCGACGAAAUCAUAGCCGAAGUUGAUAUCGAUGGUGACGGGCAGAUUGACUAUGAAGAAUUCGUGAAAAUGAUGACAAUGCCAUAAACCGACGAUAGCGACAACACGGACUUUUUAUCAGCAUCUCAGCUUUGACGACGGGCUUCUCUUUUUGCGCCAACGUCAACUCAUCUUGCGGGUUUUUGCAUACAUUCUUGUUCGUUUACAAGUUGUACUGCUUUUGUUUUUGUGUCAGAUGUACGUAUAAACAUUCGUAAAAUAA